CACGAGGAUGGUGAAUGCGAGCUGCUGCUGACUCUACCUCAGCCGCUGCUUCUCUGGGGGCUGCCGAGCGCGGGGCCCUCUGUCUCCUCCCCUUGCCGGGCUGUGGGUGAACCUGCAGGCUCCUUACCCACCCGGAGGACUUUUGAAAGGAAACCAGGGAGGGAGGGAAAGGGAGAGAGGGAGAAAACGAAGGGGAGCUCGUCCAUCCAUUGAAGCACAGUUCACUAUGAUCUUACUCACAUUCAGCACUGGAAGACGGUUGGAUUUCGUGCAUCAUUCGGGGGUAUUUUACUUGCAAACCUUGCUUUGGAUUUUAUGUGCUACCGUCUGCGGAACGGAGCAGUAUUUCAAUGUGGAGGUUUGGUUACAGAAGUACGGCUACCUUCCACCGACUGACCCCAGAAUGUCGGUGCUGCGCUCUGCAGAGACCAUGCAGUCUGCCUUAGCUGCCAUGCAGCAGUUCUACGGCAUUAACAUGACAGGAAAAGUGGACCGAAACACAAUUGACUGGAUGAAGAAGCCUCGAUGUGGUGUACCUGACCAGACAAGAGGUAGCUCAAAAUUUAAUAUUCGUCGAAAGCGGUAUGCGUUAACAGGACAGAAGUGGCAGCACAAACACAUCACUUACAGUAUAAAGAACGUAACUCCAAAAGUAGGAGACCCUGAAACCCGUAAAGCUAUUCGUCGUGCCUUUGACGUGUGGCAGAAUGUAACUCCUCUGACGUUUGAAGAAGUUCCCUACAGUGAAUUAGAAAAUGGCAAACGUGAUGUGGAUAUAACCAUCAUUUUUGCAUCUGGCUUUCAUGGAGACAGUUCUCCCUUUGAUGGAGAGGGAGGGUUUUUGGCACAUGCCUAUUUCCCUGGACCAGGAAUUGGGGGAGAUACUCAUUUUGACUCAGAUGAGCCAUGGACACUAGGAAAUCCUAAUCAUGAUGGAAAUGACUUAUUUCUUGUAGCGGUUCAUGAACUGGGACAUGCUCUGGGACUGGAGCAUUCCAAUGACCCUACUGCCAUCAUGGCUCCGUUUUACCAGUACAUGGAAACUGACAACUUCAAACUACCUAAUGAUGAUUUGCAGGGCAUCCAGAAAAUAUAUGGUCCACCUGACAAGAUUCCUCCACCAACAAGACCUCUACCGACAGUGCCCCCACACCGCUCUAAUCCUCCAGCUGACCCAAGGAAGAAUGACCGGCCCAAACCUCCCCGGCCUCCCACUGGCAGACCUUCCUAUCCUGGAGCCAAACCCAACAUCUGUGAUGGGAACUUUAACACUCUAGCUAUUCUUCGCCGUGAGAUGUUUGUUUUCAAGGACCAGUGGUUUUGGCGAGUGAGAAACAACAGGGUGAUGGAUGGAUAUCCCAUGCAAAUUACUUACUUCUGGCGGGGCUUGCCUCCUAGUAUCGAUGCAGUUUAUGAAAACAGUGAUGGGAACUUUGUCUUCUUUAAAGGUAACAAAUAUUGGGUGUUCAAGGACACGACUCUUCAACCUGGUUACCCUCAUGACUUGAUUACUCUUGGAAGCGGAAUUCCCCCUCAUGGUAUUGAUUCAGCCAUUUGGUGGGAGGACGUUGGGAAAACCUAUUUCUUCAAGGGGGACAGGUAUUGGAGAUAUAGUGAAGAAAUGAAAACCAUGGAUCCUGGCUAUCCCAAACCAAUCACAGUCUGGAAAGGUAUCCCCGAAUCUCCUCAGGGAGCCUUUGUGCACAAAGAAAAUGGCUUUACGUAUUUCUACAAAGGAAAGGAGUAUUGGAAAUUCAACAACCAGAUACUCAAGGUAGAACCUGGAUAUCCCAGAUCCAUCCUCAAGGAUUUUAUGGGCUGUGAUGGACCAACAGACAGAGAUAAAGAAGGACACAGCCCACCAGAUGAUGUAGACAUUGUCAUCAAACUGGACAACACAGCCAGCACUGUGAAAGCCAUAGCUAUUGUCAUUCCCUGCAUCUUGGCCUUAUGCCUUCUUGUAUUGGUUUACACUGUGUUCCAGUUCAAGAGGAAAGGAACACCCCGCCACAUACUGUACUGUAAACGCUCUAUGCAAGAGUGGGUGUGA